AUAUUGUGAAAAAUAAUGCUAACAUCUUUGAAAAAAAUUUUUAAAUGGAGCCCGACAAAAAAUUUGGAUUCUAAAAAAACCCAGACUUCACUUUUACUGGCAGCGUUUAUUGGACUUCUUGAGGAUAUUUUAUUUUGGAAAAAAAUGUGGCUCUCUUUGUCUUGUAUUUUCUUUUUGAAUGUAAUAUUUUUUGUAUGCAUUCAUCAUCAGAUCAACUUUUUAGAAUUUAUUUUUGGAUUUUGUGCUACUAUUUUGUGUGUUGAUGCAUUCGAAGUUUGGCUCAAGUAUAAACACAGGACCAAUUGCUUGAAGAAGCUGGCAAGUCAUGAUAGUACUAAAUUUAAUAAAGUGGCAUUAAAAAUAAAGGAGUUAAUAAGAUAUAAGUGGAUGGAAUUUAUUCAACUUCGACAGUAUAAUCACACCAAGGCAUACCUACUAGUCAACAUUGUUUUUGGAACAAUUUUGCUGCUUGGAAAGUUCAUAAGUGGAUAUAUAUUUCUCUAUUUGCUCUGUAUGUCACUAUGCCUUAUGUAUAAGUUGGCUCCACCUGUGCUCCGAAUUAUUAAAAAGAUUCAACAAAAUGCAGAAUCUGAUGGAGAAUUGGAGGGUCUCAUUCCUGAGGAAUCUGAAGUAAACAUCAGAUUGCUAUCCAUAGAACCUGAGCAGCCUGUGGCAGAUGAGAAGCAAAGCUUGGAUUUCUGGAAGCCAGAUGAUUUGCCCAUAGAAGAAAUAAGUGAUGAUAGUUCAGAGCACAGUACUUCCCUUGUUACCAAUUUAUCAAUGGAGAAGAUGCGUACUCUCAAUAAAGAUGUUGAAACAUCAGACUCCAGUGAAGACGAGUACAUACCAAUAGAUCAGCAAAAGGAACAAUUGCAGUCAACUUUGGAAGUUAAUCAGCCUUCAACUACUUGGGGAAGUUCUGCUUACAACGCCCUUUUCAACAUCACUGGGGCUGUAGCUAAUAUGAUGUCUAAUGCACCAGAGGAUAAAACUAAAAGGAAGAGAGUAUCAAGCAUUGAUUCCUCAGACGGUUUUGAAAUUAUCGAUAAAAAUGACUUAAACUAGGAGCAUAUCGAAAAACAGUAACGCAUUAUUUAUAGUAUUUAUUGGUUUUACCUUAAACCUAUAGUAACAUUUUUAUUGUGCUAUAAUUUUUAUUACAUAAAAAAACCUAAACAUUGCAAGACAUGUUCUCCAUUUUGGCCAUGAGUUCCUGGUGUCGUUUCUUGAGCGCUCGUAAGCGCACGCCGUUGAGAGCAUUGCGAGCUACUAGCGCCUCCAACAUCGGCCUGGACAUCUGAAAGGUUAUUGUUAUAUCAUCUCAGUGUUGUAUUGCUAAACUUGUAUAAGCCGGGUCAUAUUAAAGAAUAGAAUGAAUUUCAUGGUGCAAAAAUAAACCACCUUUUCA